UUAAAAAAGGCAUCGCCAUCACCAUGUGGCGUGGCGAGCACGAGUCCAGCAGCGACGCCUCAACAAUCGAGACGAGCCAGCUUGUUGCAUCCGGACCACGCUCGUCUGCAGCUGCACCACUUGCAUCACAACCAUCACAACACUGGGAUUAAAAGCCCACCGACGCCUGACCGAAAUUCCAUCGACGAGGAACCCCCGCUUCCGCCUAGUCCGUCGAGUUCGACUACCAGCAGUCUGCGAUCCAUGCCCAGUUCUGCGAACGCGCCUAUGCACUCGCAAGACAGAAGACGUAGCAGCAGGUAAAAUACAAUCAUCAAUCCAUUUGGAUCAUCAGAAUAAAAA